AUGAAGUCUUUUCCUGUUCUAUUCACCGUUCUUCUCUUGGCCUUGGCUGUAGCGGCAGACGAGAUGGCCGGUGCUCGCCCCGAUUUCAAUGAGUAUCACCCAAAAGAUCUCAAAGAGGCUCGUCCUAGAUACGGUGAUUAUCAUCCAGAGAAGCUUGCCGAGGCUCGACCGCACUUUGAUCAAUAUCAUCCAGAGAAGCUUGCCGAGCCUCGUCCGUUCUUUGUAUAUAAUCCAGAGAAUGGUCAUCCCAGCUUCAAAGAGUAUCACCCAGAUGAGCCAUCGAGACCGGAUUUCAAUCAAUAUAAACAU